GUCGCUGUCAGUAGCAGUAGCAGCCCUCAGUGGACGUCCGCAGCUUCAGUGUGGGAUUUCUACAUGUUACUUCAUCAGAGGAGUCGCUCGAGACGUGCGUCUACCUGCUUUCUGUGAAUCUUUGGAUAUUGCUGCCACUUCAAACGCACCCGCACACUUCAGUCUCGUGGUCUUUUUUUUUUAAAGUCAGCCGCGGUGUGUUGUACAAAAACUUUAAAGAAGACUUUGCAACUUUGGAGUUACAUGUAGUGUGCACCGCGGUGAGUUCAUGUGGCUUAUCAUCUGACAGAAGCGGGACUAUUUGUCUGGGAAUCUUUUUAUUUCGUUUUUUUUUUUUUUUUUUUUUUUUUUUUAAACAACAUGGUCAGCAAGUGCUCCGUUGUGUUAUUGAAUGUCCUUUUUCUGGUGCGGGCGCUCGCGGCUCAUGAGUGCACGCCAUGUAGUCUGCGGACUUGUCCCGUCAAUAAAGCACCGCACGGCUGCGAAGGUGGCCGGACCUUAGCCAGGGAUCCAUGCGGAUGCUGUGAGCAGUGUGCCCGGCUGGAGUGGGAGCCCUGCGGCGGGCAGGACUGGGCGCACGGCUACUGCGCCCUGGGGCUGACCUGCGCCUCUGUUAACAAAACAGGAGCAGCCAUAAUCCCUGAAACUGGAGUAUGUAAAGUCCUCCCCGAGCAUCCAGAGGCAGGCCUGGAGGACGAGCGUUGUCCCCUGAUGACAGGCUGCGACAGAGCUGGAGGUCAGUGUGUGUGCGACGCCCGGCACUCCUGCUUGGGCUCUUUCACCUUCCCAGACCAAGAAAGCUGCAUGAAGGCCAGCAAGUCAGAAGGUCGAAGGCACGAGCACAGGGAGAGGCACAGAGAGAAGUAUGUGGGACCCUCCAACCCGGCCUGCAUGUUUUCUGGGUGUAACCUGACCGCCGAAGGCUGCGUGUGUGAGUCUCAGAGCUGCCACCACCACUUCGCCUACAUCAACCGCAGCCAGUGCCAGGAAGCCGCAGAGGAGCUGAGGUGUGCCGGGGUGACAUGUCCCACUCUGCAGGUGCCCUCCUGCCCCAAGGGUUCCGUCCUGACCAAGAGUUACACGCCACCUGCUGGCUGCUGCCCCUCCAUACCGCCCCAGUGCACUUGCGACCUCCGUGCCUGCCACAAACCGCAGUGCCCGAGCGGACAGCGCGCCGUGCCGCUUAGCCAGGCCAGCGGUCAGCCGGGAGACUGCUGUGAUGUCUUUGAGUGCCAGAAAGUGUCUCCUAAGUGUGUCCACAAUGGGAAGGAGUUUUCCGAAGGAGAGGUGUACCGCAUGGACCCCUGCUGGCUGUGUCAGUGCCGGGGAGGAAUCUCCUUCUGCUCCAAGGCCGAGUGCGCUGAGCUGGACUGUGAAAACUUCUACAUUCCUGAGGGCGAGUGUUGCCCUGUCUGCAUAGAUGUGGAGUUACUGUCGACGGACAGCACUAAGGCCAGUUGCUGGGUGAACAAUAAGCUGCGGGCCCAUGAGGAGCAGUGGAAAGAGGAUGACUGCACCUUCUGCCAGUGUGUGGACGGAGAGCCGCACUGCACGGCCAUGGCCUGCAAACAGAGCUGCCAGUACCCCGUCAAGAUUCCUGGAGAGUGCUGCCCCUUCUGUGAAGAGCCUUCUUACGAAACUGUUAGCCCCAUGCUAUGCCCUCCCCUGGAAAACUGCUCGUUGUCAGGGAACGAGUGCCCCUACGGCUUCCAACAGGACAAGAAUGGAUGUCUGCUCUGCCACUGCCUCAACAAUGACUCCUGCCCUGACCUGGGAAAAUACUGCUCCCUGCAAUGCCCUCUGGGGUACAAAAGGGAUGACUUUGGCUGCGAGGUGUGCGAGUGCAGCAUACCCGUGCCCAAGUGCCGACCUUUGACCUGCACUAAGACCUGCCCCUAUGGAUACGUGAGGAACAAGCACGGCUGUGAGAUGUGUCGCUGUGUCAAGUGUCCUCCCUUCACCUGUGACAAGCACUGCAGCGACGGCUACCGACAAAACAGGAAGGGCUGCUCCAUCUGCAUGUGCAAAGAAAGCGACCACGUCCCGAGCACCAUGGGCCCGGCCCCGAUACCCAGCUAUUGCCUCACCUCUAAUGGGCACCGCUACGAGGAAGGUGACGGCUGGCACGAUGGCUGUCGUGACUGCUACUGCCACUCGGGACGGGAGAUGUGUGUGCUCAUAUCGUGCCCCGUGCCCAGCUGCUCUAAUCCCGUUGUGAGGCCAGACCAGUGUUGUCCGACAUGUGAGGAUGAGUCAGGCAGCGGUCAGCCAGAGGGGAUGGACAUGGUGGUGUGCAGAGCGCCCGGGGGAGAGUUUUACGUGGAGGGGGAGACGUGGAACCUGGACGAGUGUACGCGGUGCACCUGCAGGAAGGGACGUGUCCUGUGCGACACUGAAGUGUGUCCUCCAGCUCUCUGCCAGACUCCAAUCAGGAACAAAGACACCUGUUGCCACGUAUGCCCAGAGGAGACGCAGAGCCCCUUGCUACCGGUGAACAACAGCCAGCAGGAGUACUGCAUCACCAGCGACGGAGACGUGCUGCUGGCUGGCGACUCCUGGAAGGCCAACGCCUGCACCAGCUGCACCUGCAACAACGGCACCAUUCAGUGUUUCUCUCAGCGCUGUCCGGCUGCCAACUGCAGGGUGCCCGUCUUACGCAAGGGCCAGUGCUGCCCACACUGUCUAGAAAUUACAACGUCAGUUCCGGUGAUGGUGUCCACCAAUGCACCCAAGACAACGGCCGCCAUUACAGUGGAGAGUACAGUGUGGAUCACCACCGUCACCGUACCGCCCAUCAUUGCUGACACAGAUGAGCCAGGUUUGGGUGAGAAUUACCCCAGCCAAACAGAGAUGGCCGUCAUCUACCAAUCAGCAGCCUGGAUCCUGGCAGGUCUCCUCCUGGCCAUCAUCAUCUUCCUCGUUGUAGCGUUACUCAUAAACAAGAAGAAGAAGUGGGUGCAGAUGUCCUGCUACAGUGCACCAAAGAAGACGGUGAUCCUAAAGAAGCACGUAAACAAAAACUCUGUGGUCUACAUGGAGCCCUCCAAGGAGAACAAGUUUCAGAAUGUGAAGAAUGACUGCGGCAUCAUCCACUUCUCUCCAGAGAUGAGCUCCACCGGCCUGGACAAGAUGACCAUCCCCCGGGCCAAGCUGAGCAUGGGCAACGACUGGACGCCGCGCUAGAGAACAAAAAACACAAACAAGACACCGCUCAAACUCCUCAGAUCAGAGCUGUCCGGCACCUCCCACUCUCUUUUACUGCCGUAUCCACAGUGAUUAGUGCAACAGUGCGCUCACACACCUUCAGCCGCCGCUGCCUUGUUCCCACCCAUCUGUGUGAAACUGAGGACAAGAGACAAAGCAAGUGACCUCCGUUUCUUUUCAUUUGUGUCCAUAUUUCUUCUUUGUUUUGGAUCUUCGUGGUGGAGUAAGAUGCCCGGAGGUGGACCGACGUGUAAGAGGACACAGCCACUUCACGCUCUGCUUUAAAACAGAGAGGGAGGCAGCCAGAGAGGCUCCUCUGUCAGCAUCACACUUUGACUGUGAACAUUGUAAUAUUAUCGCUUAUUAUUGCCUCCUUUUGAAACUGGAACUCUGAGGCAGUAAGUGGAGCGUAAAGAGCUUUAGGACAGGGGCUUGGGCUGGUAAAAGGGAGGUGUCGGUGAGGAUGCUGCCCCCCUCUUUGAAUUCAGCAUGGAUGUAAUCAUUUUCAUCAGCAGGGAGGCCAAAGGAACUGAUAAUCCAGUUGGAUUAAAUUGGGUUCAGCAUCCAAAUCAAGGCUUUAUAUAGACCCCCAGAUCCAUCCCCCUGCUUUAGAAUGUGUGGUUUCCAUCUUAGUUUUUGUAUAUUUCUACAGUAUUUGUACUAGUUGUAGUGUUGUUCUUGGCCACCUCUCAUUUUUAUUAUGGGCGUCUCCGUGGGGGCCAGAUUGAAACAUUUAAAAUAAAAAAUGCCAGUCUAAACAUUCCCACCGUGAUCAACUUCAGGAAGGACACACUUCCCAAAUAAUAGCCUUGUUUCUACCUUCCAAUGACCCAAGUCAUUCCAUUCACAAAACUAAAAAUGAAAUCUGUGAACUCGUCCGCCGUACAGCAGUCUUCAUCUUUCCCCUCAGCCUAGCCCGACCUCGGUCGAACCUCAUUGUAACAAUCGCAGAGUUGAAACGGAGUGAUGUUCAUCCAGGAAGAAUGUCAUUUUUAGUGUGCAGAGUGCCAGGCGCUUCAUUUACAAGGAAUGUCUUUGAUACGAUGCCUCACCUUCAUCCACAGCUGUGUGUGUGUGUGUGGUGUGUGUGUGGAGGUACUGCCCACACUGAAUGUUGCCGAUAAUUUAAUUCAUUUUAAAGCCUUAAUUCUUUCGCCUUAAUACAUAUCCUGUUUUCAUUUAACAACCGUGUUAGCCCUCAUCAAGCAGGGCUGUGUACUGCAAAGAAUCUGGCAAUAUCACCAUACAGAGAUUCAAUAUGUUGCCAUGUAGUGCAAUAACGGGGGAAUUAUUGGGAUUUUGUUCAGUAUAGUUCUAGUCAGAACAGUGAGAUCUGCCUUGGCAUUUUCCCAAUUUUUGCAUCUAAACUAUUAUUUUUUAAAUCAAUAAGGUAUCACAAAAUGUUCUAUAGUGAUAUUCAGGUGAUUUGAUAUUUUGGUUACACUUUCUAUGAUGCUCAUUUGCAUUAUAAACAUAUUUAAAAUGGGUUAUAACUUCCUUAUAGCACUCCACUACAAGUAAAAGUCCUACAUUCAAAAUUUACUGAAGCAAAAGUUUCAGCAUCAAAAUGUACUUAAAGUAUCAAAAUGAGAAGUACUUGUAAUGCAGAAUGGACCAAUUUAGAUUUGUAUAUUUAUCUAAAUAUAUUAUUGCUGCAUUUAUGUAAGCAGCAUUUCCAUUUUCUCAAGGGCUUAUUGAAUAUACCAUUAGAAAAUGUCUAGUUACAUUAAAUCAAUCAUGUUUUUCAUGUUAAAUCUCAACCUGAAAAGUAACUAAAGUUGGCAGCUAAAUGUAGUGGAGUAAAAAGUACAAUAUUUGCCUCUAAAUGGAGUGAAAUAGAAGUAUAAUGUUACAUAAAAUAGAAAUACUCAAGUAAAGAACAAGUACCUUAAAGAUGUACUUAAGUACAGUUCUUGAGUAAAUGUACUUAGUUAUAUUCCACCACUGGUUUAUAAUGCAUUACAGACAGGGGCCUGCAAAAGAAAUGUCAGUAAAUUGAAUAUUUGAGUGUUUAUGUCUGUAAUUAGCUAUACAAGUGUUUAUAAUUCAUUGCAGACAUCAUAGAAAGGGUAACUGAUAUUUCUUCCACUCCAAAUAUGAAAAACAGUCAUAUAUUCACCCGUUAUUAACAUGAACAGAUACUGAACUCCUCAUAUCUGAGUGAAUGAGGUGGUAAAUGUUAAAGAGCAUGUAAAAGAGAUGUAGCACUUUCUUUGGCACCAGUGUUUUUUUUUUGUUUUUGUUUUAGAAAGCUCCCUGCAGGAUUCUUGUAGGGAUAAAGUCCCUAAUCAGGAAUUGAAUAGGCAUAUUAAGCCCACGGAGAUGUUAAACCACUAAAGUGAACACGCUGUUGCAGCUAGAGGCUCUGUAGCAAUAUGAUCAGUACGGGGUAACAGACAGAAUCUGAGAAGCAUUACGAAACAAACUGUGUUUGGAUCAGAGCUCUCGAUACUUUGCCAAUUUCUCAACACAAAGACCUUUUCUGAUGCCAAAAUUGGUUGGAGACCAAUUUAUAUUGAAGUGUUUUAGUAGCUCAGUAGAUUUGUGUCUGUUUGAUUCAUGACCAUGUGCUUUAAAAUGAAGAGGCGACUGUAAAAGCUUACUUUGUUCUUCUAUGUGUAAAAAAAAAAGAAAAAACAGUAGUUUAAAUUAGUAGGACAGAAGAGUACCUUAUUUAUUUUUUCACAUAGCUUUAUUUAUUAAUACUAAACUAUAGUUUGACUUUUUUUUUUGGAAAAAAAUGAACUUUUGGUAGCCAAAGCUGCUGUACAUUGUAGACUAUUUACCAUUUCUAUCUGCUAUAUUCUAUACAACCUUAUUUAUUUCACUGUUGCAAAACUUGUAAAUAUGUUUCCUAGAUGAUGAACUGUAACAUUUACACUUAUUUUGAAAAAUAAAUGUGUGAACCAAAGCAGUUUUUCUUUAAAGUUUGA